CAACCAUAUUGGAUAUGUUGCUGGAUUGACCCGCUAUGAGAAUAAUAUAUGGGUUUGAGUUAAAGUGUUAAUAUUAUUCUCAUGCGACCAUUAGUAUAACUAUCCUUUGACUUGAAGUCANACAACGUCGCCAAAGCAGCCAUCUUCAAGACACUUGAUCCCAUCACCUUCUCCAAAAUCAAGCAUCUCAAGACUGCCAUGGAGAUAUGGCAAGGUCUUGGGAAGCUAUGUGAGAGAUCAUAGGACUUGAGAAAGCAGAAGAUAGAAGUCCUGCUUGAGAAGUUCAAAGGCUUCAAAAUGCUUCCCGGAGAAUCAUUUGAUAUGUUGGAUGAAAGAUUCCACAAAAUCUUGAAUGAUCUUGCCUCACUUAACCACGUUCUUUCUCCCAAAGAAAAGAAUGUAAGGUUGCUGAGAUCUCUUCCAACUGAGUGGUACACCAAAGCCACAGCCAUGGAAGAAGGAAGAAACCUGGAAAACAACACUGUCCAAGGUCUCCUUGAUGAGCUCAGAACCUAUGAGCACGAGCUGAAGAAGAAGAAGGAAGAACAAGUCACUCCUUUCCCCACGACACUGAUGACAACUCCAAGAGUCCCAUCAAGUGAAGGGACAUGCCCAAGAAGCUGUGACACACCUUCCUCCAGCCAGCCGUCAAGCUCAAAAAUGGAGAACUACGAUGAGGAAUUUGCCAUGAUGGUCAAGCAAUUCCGGAAGUUCAAGAAGUUCUUCAAGAAGGCUAACUCAGUCAGAAGGCCAACCAAGGGAAAGCCACAAGUAAGUGACUCCCCUCCUGAAUCUUAUUUGUGUUAUAACUGCAGGAAGCCUGGCCACUGGAAGUCAGCAUGCCCGUACCCAAAGGUGGAAAAGUACGGAGAAAGAGAAAGGAACGAGAAGAAAAAGAAGGCAAUGGUUGCUGCUGAAAGUGAUGAGUCAUCCAGCUCAAGCUCGGAUGAAGAAGCCCUCGUCUGCAUGGAACGCAGAGUUGAAAAGUCCAACCAUGAGGAUAGGUGGACUAUGUCAGAAGAUGACACUCUCUGCCUAAUGGCUAAAGAUGAUGCUGAUCAAGAGGUAACUUCACAAACCUCCUGCUCAUCUUCUUAUGAAAGCAUACCAACUUCUGAAAAUCUUUUUGACCAGUUCAAAAAGAUGAUGGUAGAUUUUGAAGAAAUAAAUCUCAAACAUUCCUCCUUAACAGAGGAGAACAAACUAUUGAGUGGAGAGAAUCUCAAGUUGACUGAAGGACGGAAAAGUCAACAGAAUGAGAUCACUCAACUCAAAACUGAAAAUGAAUCUCUCUCUGAAAAGGUAAAAUCCCUUAACAAAGAGCUAGGGAUACUUAAGUCCAAAGAAGCAGUGGAUAAGCUUCUUGAAACGACCAAACAUAAGGGUCGUGAAGGACUUGGGUUUGACCCCUCCAGUUCCAAAAGGAAAGGGAGAACAACUUUCAUCCCUCCUAAACCUACUGCUAAACCAAAUAAGCAGAAAGGAAAGGAAAAGGAGAAACCAACAAAAGUUCCCAAAAAGGACAUGGCAUCUCUCAAGAACAUCUCCACAAAUGAAGUCAUUCUCACUGGGAAGAGAAUCAGAAACAUCUAUGAAGUAAUGUGGGACAAUGUCAAGGAAGCAUGUCUAAUCAGCAAAGGUGACACUAACCUUCUAUGGCUUUGGCAUAAGAGGUUGAGUCAUCUCAACUUCAAAACUCUCAACAAGCUGUCCAAAGAAGGGUUAGUAGAAGGUCUUCCCAAAGCUGCAUUCAGAAAGGAAAGUAUUUGUGAUGCUUGCCAGAAAGGAAAGCAAGUCAAGUCCACUUUCAAGGCAAAAUCGGCACCCUCAACUACAAGGAUAUUAAGUCUUAUUCACAUGGACUUAUUUGGCCCUGUAACACCAAUAAGUCUAAGUGGAAAGAAAUAUGUCCUGGUAGUAGUUGAUGAUUACUCAAGAUACACGUGGACAAUCUUCCUCAACGGCAAGAAGGAAACUCAAGGGAAACUCACAAACUGCAUGAAGCUGAUUCAAAACCAAGCAAACAAGGAUGAAGAAGUCAAUGAAAGAGAUAGAAUGAAGCCCACGGAAUUCAUUCCAUUCAGAAGUCUGCCUCUGAAGACUUCACAGAGAAAUCCGGAUUUAGACAGUGCUGAGCCUUCCGGAAAUUUUGGCCAGCCUUCCAAUAUUCCGGAUCUCUCAAACGACGACAACUCCGGAAAUGGCGACCCAGUGCCAAUCUAUCCGGAAACACCAACAACCUCUGUUCUUCAACCAGAAGCUGAACUAGAUCAACCAGUCGAUCCCAAUCAACACAAUCUUCGUUGGUUAAGGGAUCAUCCUCCUCAACAGAUCAUUGGAGAUAUUCAAUCAUGUGUUCGCACAAGGCGUGCCCAACAGAAUCUAGAAGCUAUGCUUGCUUGUUUCAUCUCACAAGUGGAACCAAAGAAUAUUGAAGAAGCUCUAGCUGAUUCUGAUUGGAUAAAUGCAAUGCAAGAAGAACUCAACCAGUUUUCCAGAAAUGACAAGAAAUUGGGAGAAAAGCUUCGCCUUCCCAAUUCUGGAACUGAAGUUGGGAAAUUUCCAGUCCAAAAUCUGGACUGGAACAUCAUUGGAAUCUCUGGGCGAAUUCCUUCUGGCGCGGCAAAGAAAGCAGAUCUAAACAACGAUUACAAGUUGGUUUUGGAACUGGUCAUCGCCUGCCUCGAAUGUGGGAGUGGAGGUGCUGCUUCUAAAGGGAAAAAGUAUGAAGCCAGAUACUGGCUAUACUACUUAUCCUCCAAAGGAGAAAACAUAGCUAGUGCUAGUGCCACUGCAGAAGAAAGCUCAUCAGACAAUGUUCCACUCAUCAAUUUGGCAAAGACUGCCAAGAGAAAGCAUGUGGUGUCCCCCUCUCCAAGUGUUGAAGCACCACAGAACCUUGCCUUGAUCUGUUUGGAAGAGGAAGAAGAAAUCUCUGACAAUGGAGAACUUCAAAGGAAGAAGAAGAGAAAGAUCAACUCUCCAUCAACAUCUGGAAAUGUCAAUCCGGAUGAGUUGAAGGAGAAGGAACCUGCUGAGGAAACCUAUGUUCAAAACCGGAACCCUCAACAAUCUGAAGAAGAAACUCCUCAAGACCAAAGCUUUCCAACCUCAUCUCAGCCUCAAACAGAUGAUGCAGAUAACCAAUUCUGGCAGCUAUACUAUGAUUGGAAAGCCUGGAAAGUUGGGAAUUCAGCAGAGCAACUGUUGAAUUGGGACCAACAGCUGAAGAAUGAGAAGAUCAUCAAGAAGUGCUUAGGAAUACCAGUCAACCACAACUGUGAACAAAUUUUGGAUGACUACUGGGUAUGGCAAAGGAACCCUGAAGAGUUGCAUCUGGAAUACCUAGCCGACACACCAGUUUCAGACUGUGAAGCAGAUGAUGAAGACACUGCAGUCUUCAAGCCAGUCUUCUCAAAAGCUAUAGAAGAUCAAGUGGCUCUCACUUCUGAAGCACAUACUACUUUGGAAGUAACAGCUGAGGGUUUCCAAACAUUUCCGGAAACCUCACCUGCCUUCGAAACGGAAACCUCACCUGCAUUUCAGGAAACUUCACAUGCUUCUGAAAUGGUUCUAACUGAAGUUGUUCAAGAGAAGGCAACCUCUCCCCCACAAGAACAGAACCAGGAAACAGCAGCAGAAGAAGAAGAAUUUCAGCAACUAAUCCAAUCUCAAGUUUUGGAGACUCUCACAACUCCUUGUGAGAUCUCCAAUCCUACUGAAACUGAGAUCCUGGAGAAGUCAGCAGAAAUUCCAGAAUACUCUUCCACUCAUACCCUUCCGGAUGAGAUACCGGAAAUCUGGACAAAGAAGGUCCAAGGGCUGAUUGAAUCAGCCCUAGCAUCUCAACAUGCCUCCUUUAGGCAAGAGAUAAAGCAAAUGGAAGCCAAGUACACUCAACUGCUAGAGAAAUCAGAAGAGAAACACAGCGCAGAUCUAAAAGAGAUAGGUAAAUCAGUAGACAAGACUCUAGAGAUCAUCUCUCUAUUGAGUAACACUGUGAGCAACACUAUGGAAAUAUAUGCCUCUGAUAGUCAACUUCAAUUCAAAGAAUUCAACAAAGUCAAAGAGCAAAUAGCGAGUGUCACAGUUGGUCUACAAAAACAAAUGUCCCUUCUUCAAAUGGACAUCAGAUCAGCCCUAGCAGUAGCUUCAGCAAAUCAGGUAGUAACCAAAGACUACUUGAAGGUGAUCAUUGACAAUCAAAAGGAAGCAUACAAGCUGUUCAGACUUAUUGGUGCACAUUCUGGGAACCGCAAGAUGGAAGUGAUUCUCCAACAACACAUUCCAUCUCCAAUACCACAGCUCCCUAUUGCAGUCAAAGAAGGAGAAGCAUCUUAUAUCCCUUCUCAUCUGAACAUGACUAAUCUGAUCCUUGAAGCACAGCAAAGAAAUCCGGAAAACUCAGCAUAGCACCUAUCCAGCUCAGGACUGGAUGGAAC